CAGAUCUAGCCCAGAGUGCAAGUCUACAAAAUGUCUCGGUUAAUAAUAAUUUUAGUUUUUGUUACAAUUAUACAGGGUCAACGUCGUGAUAUAGAUACAACAAAUUGCGAAGAUUUUAGAGCAAAUUUUAAUUUGAAGAAAAUUAUAGGCUCUUGGUAUGUAGUGGCAAUAAUUCCGGAAAAACAUUUUCCUGUUAAUCAAGAACAGGUUACUUGCUAUAGAGUGGAAUUCAGCGAAACUGAUGUGGCUGGCCUUCGGUGGUUAAUAAACAAAACUUUCGAGUCACCUUCGCGUAAGGAACUAAUAAAUCGUAUUCAAGGCACAAUCGUUCGGCAAAGAUAUCAUACUGUGCCUCCUUUUGACGUCUGGUCGAGAUCCGUAGAAGAAGUCAAUGGAUGCUUUCAACAAGUUCUAUCUUUGGACACGGAUAAGAGUGAUAUUAACAAGGCUCUUACACACGAAGCGUUAAUGCAACUACAUCUAAUGGAGACCAACGAUUCAGGACCAUUUUUGCUGCAAAUACUUUGGGGAAGGAUGAUCUCUGUUGUUAUAUACCGUAGGAAACAGGGUGUAUCACUUGACCAACUGCGACCAGUUACCGAAAUGAUGACCAAACUACGUGGGCCACAGUUAAAACCUAAGCUUUGUGACAAAACUUUGAAGGACCUUUUAGGACUCAGAUCUUGAGAAAUAGCAUUAGGUCAUAGUUGAGAAACGUAAUAAUUUUUUUAUACUAAUGAUUGGGUCAUUUUAUUCAUUUAUUUAGAUGUGCAGUUCAAAUUCUUUCAAUGUUAUUUAAAAAAAAUCUAAUAUUAGGUCUUAUAAGGCAUUAAAUAUGGCUGUCGGAUUUUUGCUUUAAAAAAGUUUAGCCUAGCAAAGCAAAUAUAUAUUGUA